AGAGAGCUAGUGGAGGGAAGGAGGCUGCCUCAUGCCGCCGAGGUAUAUCGGGAAUUAAAAACCUGACGUCCAGCGGACUCUGUUGGAAUUAUAACACAACAUAAUGCAUCUCUUUGGGAUGUGGAUGCUGAUGGCGGCUCUGCAGGUUGGUGUUCUGGGUGGACAACACAAGCGCUCGUCAAGUAAGCAGGGCUUGUUGCCAUGCACGAGGGGCUUUACUCAGGAGGAAUACAGCAUCGAAAUGGACCAAGAGCCAGCAAAGGGACAGGCCGUCUUCAACGUGAGCUUCAUUGACUGCGGUAGAGGUAAGGUGUGGUUCGAGGUUGGAGAUUCGUCUGACUUAAGAGUGAGUGAGGAUGGUGUGGUCUACACCCUGCGCCGCCUCAGCCUGGUGGGAAAAGGAAAAUCUGUGGAGAGGGUCUAUGCUCGAGACCCACAGUCCAAACAGGUCUGGAAGACCAGAGUGCAUCUCCACGUCCAUCCAAAUGGCAACAGCACAAGACCUGAACAGGUAAAACCCAGUGAUGCAACACUGACUCAGCGGGUACCAGAGAUCUUGUUUCCAUUGCGCAGCUUGGUUGUCAGGGGUGAUGGCACUCUGCGGCGGGUGAAGAGGGACUGGGUCAUCCCGCCUAUCAACGUUCCUGAGAACUCACGAGGACAGUUCCCAGAGGACCUUGUCAGAAUCCGCUCAGACCGUGACAAGAACCGAAUGUUGCGUUACAGUGUGACGGGCCCCGGAGCCGACCAGCCUCCGACCGGCAUCUUCAUCAUCAAUCCAAUCUCGGGCCAGCUGUCUGUCACCAAGCCCCUGGACAGAGAACACAUCUCCAAUUUCCAUUUGAGAGCCCAUGCAGUGGACCUGAAUGGGAAUCAGGUGGAGAAUCCCAUCGACAUUGUCAUAAAUGUCAUCGACCAGAACGACAACAGACCCGAGUUCACACACACCGUCUUCAACGGCUCUGUACCAGAGGGAUCCAAGCCUGGAUCCUUCGUGAUGACAGUGACAGCAGUGGACAAGGAUGAUCCAAAAACUGCUAAUGGGAUGCUAAGAUAUAAGAUCCUCUCCCAGAAUCCCCAGAGCCCCUCCUCCAACAUGUUCACCAUUAACAACAAGACUGGUGACAUCAUCACUGUGGCAGCGGGCCUUGAUCGGGAGAAAGUCACCCAGUACACCCUGAUCAUCCAGACUACGGACAUGGAAGGAAAUCCCACCUAUGGCCUGUCCAACACUGCCACCACUGUCAUCAGGAUCACAGAUGUCAACGACAAUCCCCCUGAAUUCACUACAGACACAUUCUUUGGGGAGAUUCAUGAGAACAGGUUGAAUGUGAUCGUUGCUAACCUGACUGUGACAGAUAAAGACCAGCCUCACACUUCAGCCUGGAGCGCUGUGUUCCGUAUCAUCGCUGGAGACCCCACCGGACGCUUCUCCAUCCCCACUGACCCCACCACCAACGAAGGCCUGCUCACUGUGGUCAAGCCAAUAGAUUUUGAGCUAACUCGUUCCUUCAUGCUGACGGUGGAGGCAGAGAAUGAGGUCCCGCUGGCUCGUGGCAUCCACCUGCCUCGUCAGUCUACAGCAACCGUCUCUGUACGAAUCUUGGACAUCAACGAGAGUCCAGAGUUCAGCCCCAAUCCCAAGUCCAUCAAAUUGGAGGAGGGUCUGCCUGCAGGGUCUCUGCUCACCACCUUUACUGCCCAGGACCCCGACCGCUUCUUGAGACAAACUGUCCGGUACUCCAAGAUGUACGACCCUGCUAACUGGCUGGAGAUUGACACAGUUAGUGGUCGGAUUUCCACCAUCGCCAUCCUUGACCGAGAGUCUCCCUACGUCAAGAACAACCUCUACAACGUUACAUUCAUGGCCUCUGAUAAUGGUAUCCCGCCUACCAGUGGGACAGGCACCCUACAGAUGUACCUGCUAGACAUCAAUGACAAUGCACCUCAUGUGUUCCCUCCUGAGGUGGAAAUGUGUGAGAAGCCAGAUCCAAACGCCAUCAACAUCACAGCCAGUGACCCCGACCUGACCCCUAACGCUGGACCCUUUGCCUUCGAGCUAGCAACUCGUCCAUCAAACAUACGCCGCAACUGGACGCUCAGUCGCGUCAAUGGAGAGUACGCCCAGCUCAGACUGAGGAUUGGCUCCCUGGCAAGUGGGAUCUACGAGGUUCCCAUCAUGAUCACAGACUCUGGAAACCUGCCUAUGUCUAAUAUGUCCCACCUGAGAGUAAAGGUCUGCCAAUGUGAUCACCAUGGAGACUGUGUGGACAUGGAGCGAAUCAUCGCCGCUGGACUAGGCACCGGAGCCAUCAUUGCCAUCCUUAUCUGUAUCAUCAUACUACUAGUGCUGGUGCUGCUGUUUGUGAUGUGGAUGAAGAGGAGAGAUAAGGAGCGUCAGGCCAAGCAGCUCCUUAUUGACCCAGAGGAUGACGUCCGAGACAACAUCCUUAAAUAUGAUGAGGAGGGAGGAGGAGAGGAGGACCAGGACUAUGAUCUUAGUCAGCUGCAGCAGCCUGAUGCCCUGGAGCCAGAGUGUAUUAAGGUGGGGAUCAGACGUCUGGAUGAGAGGCCUCUUCAUCAUGAUCACCAGUACCCCCUCCGUUCUGCUGCCCCCCACCCAGGAGAUAUAGGAGACUUCAUCCAUGAGGGCCUGAAGGCAGCAGACAAUGACCCCACCGCUCCCCCCUACGACUCCCUGCUUGUGUUUGACUAUGAGGGCAGUGGUUCCACUGCGGGCUCUCUCAGCUCCCUGCACUCCUCUUCAAGCUGCGGAGACCAGGACUACGACUACCUCGGCGACUGGGGACCACGCUUCCGCAAGCUGGCUGACCUGUAUGGCGGAGGGGAUGAUUAGCCCCCCCAACCCCUACCCACAACAACCACCCUCUCCACCUCACCUUGCCCCAAAGCUCAGGUGGGGUGGGUAGGGUUAAGGAAAGAGGAUGUGGCAUAAAUAUAGGGUAUGGAUUGGCACUUAUGUAUUACCACUGGACAGCUUAUAAAGAGACUUGCUGCCCCUUGAUGACAGUUGAAGACACUUGGGACCAUUCUGACUCCCGGCCUAGCAAGGCCUGGCACCGGCUAGCAUUCAGGCUAAUGGACAUUCAGCGUUAGCCCUUAUGCUAACAAAUAUGAGCUGCCAGAGCAAUGCGCUCUGAGGGGACGUCGUCUCUAUGAUGGUUAAGAGCUACAACAGCCAUGCUACAAAUGCUCAUUUACACUUGAAUCUCACAGUACAGGAGCACUGGGGUCAAAUGUGCCUUUUUGUACAUUCUUUUGAUUGUGUUCAGUCUAGAGAUACAUUGCUUUAAAGCUCCCAACAGCAACUGGAGGAGCACUUCGCCAUGAUGAGUGUGUGUGUGUGCGUGCCUGCGUGCGUGCGUGCGUGCGUGCGUGCGUGUGUGUGAGAGUGUGUGUGAGUCAUUUCCACAGAGAUACACUGGAUGGACAGUCUAAAGGGCAAAGCCUAUUAACAGAUGCCUUGGAUGAUCUGAUCAGCAAAAACAUGGCUUUACUGUACGGCUCUGGGUGUUGAAGGUUUUAUUUUUCAAUCUGAUUCAGUCAGAAAAUGCCACCUACACUUCCAGUAUGUGGCAGUGUGUAGAGCUUAAUCAAUCACAGAGGUUAGCAAAAUUAAAUAUACAUAUACUCACACUACUUCACUGCUCACUGAUGUCUCCUCUGACCAAUGCUUCGUUAAAGCUGGUGUCGCUUUCUAUAUGAGGCAGUAAAACACCUUUGUGUGUAACUCGGCAGAUAUAUUUCUUACUUUUUGAAGCGCAUGUCUGUAUGCAUAAACAGCAGGAUCAUUUCACCACAUUGCUCUGGUAUUAAUGUGACUGACUGCCAGUGUUAACAAAACCAGCCAAGAUCUAAAGUUUGAAUUUCCUCUCUGCUCUCCCACACUGAUUUUUCUCUGCAACGACUGAUCAUUCAACAUCACAUCAUGUCAAAGCUUUGAUUGAACGGUGAAGGACCAGCGUGUGAAACAAAGGCUGAAAUGCCACUAUCCAAACUGCUAGUUCCACUUCUGCUAAUAAAUCUUUUUAACACUUAGGGUGAAAAAUGUGAAAUGUUUUAGAUAUGCUGAUGUAAUGUACCCGUUUUAGUACAUUUUGCUGUGAAAAGCAAUGCACCGAAAUUCUUACAUAUGUUUAUUUCCACAUAAAUCAUGAGCCACUAAAGAAGUAUGCAGUCCAUUAAGGAGGCAGGUUGGGGUGAUGAAUGGGUCAGAAAACACAGGAUUUUACCCCAGGAGACUGCUGUUCAGAACCAUGUGAACUUUGAGUCAUUUUAAGGUAUGUCCUCACCAUGUUUCUUUCCCUACACCUAACCACAUUCACUUUAUUUGCUGAAACGUAACCUGUGUAACUUUAAUAACAGAACUUUACAUUAAGUAUGUAAUCCAUGUCAUUCGUCAGGCUCUAAUUCGUAGGAUAUCAUCAGAAUCAGAAUCAGAGAUUCUUUGUUGAUCCCUGGGGAGAAAUUGUUGGCUUUACAAGUGCUCCUUAGAAGAGUAGAAAGAUAUAUCAUAUUGGGCAAUUCGAAGUGAAAAUAUAACAAAAUCUAACAAGAUUAUUUACAAAAAUAUAUAUAGUAACCUAAAGUCUACAAUUGUAAAAAUAUGGGUCCCUCAAGAAAAAGGUUGGGAACCACUGGUAUACCACUGGUCCUCUACAAUGUCCACACUGACCCCCUGGAUGGAAACAGGGGUCACCAGUGUCUUGGUCUUCCUCAGAUCCACAGUCAGUUCCUUUGUCUUUGCCACGUUGAGCUGCAUAUGGUUCUGCUCACACCAUGUGACAAAGUUAUCCACAACAGCCCUGUACUCAUCCUCAUCACCCUUACUGAUAAGUCCAUCUAUGGCCAUGGACAUCAGAAAACUUCUGAAGAUGGCAGGUCUCAGUGCAAUAGCUGAAGUCCUUGGUGUAGAGGGUGAAGAGGAAGGGAGAAAGGACAGUCCCCUGUGGGGCCCCAGUAUUGCUAACCACUCUGUCUGACACACAGUGUUGCAAGCGCACGUACUGUGGUCUGCCAGUCAAGUAGUCUACAAUUCAGGACACCAGGGGGGCAUCCACCUACAUUUCUGUCAGCUUGUCACCUAGUUGAGCUGGACGGAUGGCAUUGAACACACUAGAGAAGUCAAAAAACAUGACCCUCACAGUGCUCGCCGGGUUGUCCAGGUGGGCGUAGACGUGGUUGAGCAGGUAGAUGAUGGUGUCCGGUGUCCUCCACUCCAAGUUGGGGCUGAUAAGCGAACUGGAGGGGUUCCAAGAGUGGCUUGACCAUGGGCCGGAGCUGCUCCAGGAUGAGUCUCUCCAGGGACUUCGUGAUGUGGGAAGUCAAUGCCACAGGUCUGUAGUCCUUGGAGCCACUGGGAUGCAGCGUCUUUGGCACAGGAACGAGGCAGGAUGUCUUCCACAGCAUGGGGACCCUCUGGAGACUCAGGCUCAUGUUGAAGACAUGCUGAAGUACUCUACAUAGCUGGGGGGCACAGGUAACAGGGCCAGAAUUGUCAGAUCUGUAAAAAGAAACAGAUUCAGUUCAUUGGCCCCGUCCACACUGCCUUCAGCUCCUCUGUUGUUGUUGGUCCUGAAGCCAGUGAUGGUCCUCAUUCCACUCCAGACCUCUCUCAUGUCGUUCUGCUGGAGUUUCCACUCCAGCUUCCUCCUGUACCUCUCCUUAGCCUCCCUGAUCUUAACCUUCAGUUCCCCCUGUAUUGUUCUCAUACGCACCCUUGUAUAUGCAUUUUUGGAGGAUGUCCUACCAUUGCAGAAGAUGCUUUGAAUAGUUGUACAUGUUGCAGCAUUUUUAUUUUUUAUUUUGAACCAUUUGGAAUAAUUUUUGCCACAGUAGCAGACCAGGCAUCCAACAGUUCUGGUUCAGGUCUAGAGCAGGUUAUUUUGGCAAUUUCACACCACUUUUUUUAUGACAUUUUACAUCAAUAUUAAUGGUUAUCAGAGGAUGAGUUCAAAGAUGAAAAGUUCAACACUAAAAAAAAGGUACAGACUAAAAAUGAAAUCACAUUUAUUUUUUAUAUCUCUUACAUGCGAUGUAAUGUUUACAGCAAAGUUUUACUAAAUCUGUUCCAGACGGUAGAAUGUUAUGGCAGUUGCUAUUAAAUGGAAAUAAAAUCAAGACUACAAAUUAGGGAUGGGGGAAGAAAAUAAAUAAGUAUUACAGUAUGCAAUCACUGGACACUGCGCCGCCAUAAAUAUCCCACAAAAGAUUACUGUGAGCAACAACAGAUGGAAACAAUCCGACUGGUUUAAAAGUUUGGGUAUGGAAGCAUUUUGGCUAUAAAUUUGGUGGGAAAAGGGACCUAUACAAGAGCCAGAUGGUAUAAAUUCAUAUUUUGAUUUAAUUAUGCACCAUUACAAAUACAGUAUGCUAUGCUUUAAAAGUAGCAAGUAGUCUCACAGUCAGAAAAAAUAAAUCAUGUAUAGAAAUCAAAACUUUUAUUGCAGCAUGAUACAUCGAUAAUCGUUUUAUCAUCCAAUAGUUGCUCUCUGAAUUGUAAUCAGAUCUAAUCAUGAGGUGCCUGGGGAUACUCACCCAUACAAGAAAUCCAUGUUAGGUUGCUAUGCCAUUACACAAACAUGGCACACAGUGUAAGGCACAAGGAAUCUAUAAAUGUUUGAGUCAGAUGAACUUUGAAUGACUGGAAUUGAAAAGUAUUACAAAGCAGCUGCAUCAUGUUCAACCCAACAAUAAGACAAACUGGAGGGUUUGUUUGCGUUGAACACUGGUUGAGUCAGUGCACCUGAGAAAUUAACCAAAUUUUGCUUCAUGUACACCGAAAAAGUUCAACAGUCAACACCAGCUCCGUAUUUCACUUUGUAUUUGGCAGAGGGGGGAGAUCACUGGACAAGGUCAACAUGAUGUUUAGCACUACAUGUCAAAGGCUCCGACUUGUGUAGUGAAAUAUGUAUAGGCAACACAAUUUAUUAUUAUUACCAUACUGGCCCUAAUGUAAGAUGAUAAUAAGAUGACACCUGUUUUUGAAUUUAUGGAAAGGUUACCCAAAAUACUCUCAGUUAAAUAUGGAAUUUUUCCAAUAAUGUUUGUAAUGUAGGCUUGGUAAAUAUGUGUUCAGGUUCAGUAAGUUCUUCAUUUUUGGAGCAGAAUAUUCUCACACUCUGCUGGUCAGAUUGUUUUCUCUAACAGCUGACAUGAUGCAGACAGUCUCUGAGCUCCUCAUUAUGAAAUUCUGUGACAGUGGUAAAUCUUGGCUGAUACACUACAGAAUCGCUCCCAGGUCCAUUUCUGCAGUAAAUACGUCCAGAGAUUUCCACUGGUUUGACACAUUAAAAGGCCAAAACACAACGAUGGCAUAUGUCGUGCAUCAAAAAAUACACUUAUAUUAGUGUCAAUGCACAACCCUAUACCGGUGGCAGCAAGACGCCCCGCGGCACUUUACACCACUGUCAUUUUAUCAAUCCUCACCUGGAAUUCAAUACAUUUUUCCCUCACUCGCCCUCUGCUUGUACAUACCAGCUCCCAUGAGCAUACCUGCUCCUCUGGCAGCUCGACACUCCUCUCCUCACCAUGGAUGUAUAAUUGGAUGUACUAUAUUGAUGUUGCUGUGUUUAAUGUGUGACGAAGAAUGAUGAGGAGAAACUUGUGGUUGAGGUUGAGAAAUAUCCCAAGCUAAAGCAUCCACAAUCCCAAAAUUAUAAAGACAAUGGCCAAAAAGACACUUCCUGGUGAGUUAUAGCUCUGGCGAUUUGCUCUUCAGGUGAGAAAUUAAUUUUAAUCAGGGGCUGUCCACAGGUGGAGGAAGUACAGAUCUUUCAGUAGAAGUAGUAAUAACUUGACAUGGUCGUCUGUUGAUCAGCUGCAGCGUGACACGUCCAGUUUUUGGUAAGGGGGGUACUUGACAUACAUCAUAUGACGCACCGCAGCGGCAUUGAUGUGUUUUCAGCCCAAGGCUACAAACAACCCAUAUUGCAACUCUUUCUUGGUGUACCAGGCACACUCUGUUGGAGGUGGCAGUGUCUGCUGCUGUGAAUAUAUACUUAUUGUAAUUGUUACAAACUCACUAAUUUGACUUCCCUGUAACUUUAAAAUGUUAUGGGCAAAAUCCCAUGAAGUUGUCAAGUACGUUUAUGCUCCUAAAGGGAUGAACUCCUAAUAAAAAAAACAACAAAACAGCAUCAUAUUCAAGACCAGUGGUCCAUCUGACAGUGAGGUCUUUUGGUUUCUACAGUGACAAGAUGUUGGUCAAACCCAGAGCUGUACAAAGGAGCUGCAUAUUUUUGCCAGUCUGGUGUUCCAAAGCCAACGAGAAGACAUGUACAGUUAUGCUAGAAUUUAGAUAGACACCUUCUGUUGUUUGUUUUGCUUUUGUCAUAAUGUGACUUAUGCAGCUGAUUGCUGAUAAAGGGAGACAUCAGUCGUUGUUGUGUAGCAAAGAUACUUCCUGAUAUUCUGAUGUGGUGGAUUAAAUUAAAAAAGGCAAUGUUUCUUUUGUCUGCUAAUGAUUUGCCUUAGUGUUCUCUGGUACUUUCCAACUGGCUACUCACUGUAAACUGAAAUAUGUACAGAUUGUAUUUUUUUCUCUUGUUGUUCUUUUGGCUGUGAUCUCUGAAAAUGACAUGCUAAUA